AUGUUGCUCCGGCCUUCUGGAGAGGGACGGUCCGCCGUACCGCAGCGGGCAGUGUUUCUUGCCCUAGCCGUGCUCCUCACAACAUGGCUUCAGCUUGUCGAUGCUCAGCAGCAGCAGCAACAAGUACCUCAACACAGGUCCGUGGCGCAACCACCACACCUUGUUAACAUCGUCAAGGAUGGCACUUUCGAAGUUGACACGUCCACGCCUAAGCAGCGAGGUCUUCCUCGGCUUCGACAAGAGUUACCCUCGGUCGAUCAGAACCGAGCCGCGCCCAAGAUCUCUUCGACGAGACCUAAGAAUCACGUACGGAGUCCUGGAAGCGGGAGCUCCAUGUCUACUACUAAGCAAAACCCCAAUGACAUCCCAUAUAUCAACGAUGCGAGCGCCCUCGCGACUUUGGCUCCGGGUAAUCCCGUACGAGCACCAAAUUCUUCACGUCAUAAGCCCAGCAUCUUGGCUGGUUCUGGGCUAUCCUCGCUGCAGUCUGCGCGGAGUCUGGAGAACUGGGAAGUCCAAGACUACAUCCUUUUGGCGACCAUCGAUGGACAUCUUUAUGCUGCGGAUCGCGAAUCGGGCGACGAGCGCUGGCACCUACAGGUCGAACAGCCCGUCGUGGAAACCAUCCACUACCGCCCAAAUACUUCAUCUCCGCAUGGCAAACGCGACCCAGAUCGUCACCCACUAGAUGAUUACGUCUGGGCCAUCGAACCCACUAACGACGGCGCCGUCUAUGUUUGGGCGUCUUCGAACUAUGGUACAGGUCUUAUGAGUACUGGCUACACCAUGAAACAACUCGUGGAUGAAAUGGGUCAUUACGCAUCCUCGGAUCCUCCAGUAGUAUAUACUGGUCACAAGAAAAAUACACUCAUCACUGUCGACGCCGCUACAGGCAGGGUGCUGAAGUGGUUCGGACAAGCUGGUUCGCAAGUAGAUCAGAGUCCCACAUGUUUCCCUCCGAACAGUCGAUUCCCAGACAGCGACACCGAGGAAUGCACCAAUGGUGGCAGUAUCACUCUUAGCCGUACAGAGUACAUCGUAGAGAUCCAUCAUCGAGAUAACGGGAGGGAUAUCGCGACCCUUAGAUACGCCGAGUGGGGUCCCAAUAGUUUUGACAAUGACCUUCGUCGACAGUAUCAUGCACCGCCAGAUAACCGAUAUUUCACCAGUCAGCACGACGGUCGGGUAUAUGCCAUCGCCCAUCCCGCUAGUACUACCUCGUUUGCUCUUGAAUUUCCCGUUCCAGUUGCUCGCGUCUUUGAUAUCGCAAAACCCCUAGACGCACCCCGCGGCAGUAACCCUGAACUUGUGUUACUACCACAACCCAUAUAUCCUGUUCGUAACGAGGACUCGGCAUGGGCCCGAAGUCAUAGCGUCUUCCUGAAUCAGACCGAAUAUGGCGGUUGGUACGCCAUGUCGGGCCGCUUUUAUCCUCUUGUUGUUGACGCCCCAAACGCGUCGAUUAAUCAUAGAAAGUCGAGUGAAGCUCUGUUUGAUGAUGCGUAUCUCUCUGCGGCUCUAGUUGGCGUUCAUACCCUCGGUGACGGGAUUAAUUUGCCCGAUUGGACAUCAAGCAUGCCGCCUACUCUGCCUUCGGAAUCCUACAAAGAAACUGAAGUACAAGAUGAUGCACCAAGAGCUCCUGUUUCAACAAUAGUAAAUGAAUCAGUACCUCGUAUGCGCAUGUUCAGUACGGCAAUAUCAAUCCCGCAACAUGCCGUACAAUGGACUCAUGAUUUACUCACAAACCCCCUUGGCUUAAUACUCUCUAUCAUUGCCUAUGUUUAUCUCUAUAAUCUCCUACGGGGUCCUCUCUAUUCGUUAUGGAAGAGGUUCUGGUACAAGUGGAGGCCGGCUGAACCCAACAAAUUGAAUGACAACUCCAACAUUGAAAUCGAAGUUGAACCGACCUUACCCAUCCCAGAUGCGGAAAAGGCUCAUCUAGUAGAACCCAUACAUGGUAAACCAGAUGUCAACCCAGGAUCACAGCAUGCUGCUGCUCCUCCUCCUAUAGAAUCAGAGGCUAUAUUGGUGGCUUCUGUUGAUCCGGAGCAGGAAACGCAACCAGCUGAACAAGAAUCACCGGAAAAGAAAAAGAAGGCUCAUCGAGGCCGGAGGGGAGGUGUUAAGCACAGGAAAGGGGCCAAGAAACAGCGCGACGGCGCAGACGAGUCUCCUGAUAACUCCCCAGAAGAAAUCGGUAGUCUUCCAGGCAUAGAGAACGUUGCCACUCCGCCUAAGCCGUUACCAAAUACGUUGACGGCCUCAAUCGAACGUCAAGAAUCCACCGGGCCUAUCAUCAAUAUUGGAGGAAUCGAAGUCAAUCAGGAAAUGCAACUCGGCAUGGGAAGCAAUGGCACAAUUGUUUUUGCAGGCAAAUUCCAUGGUCGUGAUGUAGCGGUCAAGCGCAUGUUGACACAGUUCUGGGAUAUUGCCACACAGGAGACACAGUUACUACUGGAAAGUGAUCAACAUCAAAAUGUUAUCCGAUACUAUGCCAUGUCGAAGAACGAGAGUUUUCUCUACAUUGCAUUAGAGCUUUGCCAAGCAUCUUUGUCUGAUGUAAUGGAGCGACCGGCGGCUUUUCCUCAACUUGCGCGAGCUGGAGAGAUGGACCUACCACGGGUUCUUCUACAGAUAGCAAACGGCCUCAGUUUCCUCCAUGACUUGCGUAUCGUCCAUCGUGACCUCAAACCACAGAAUAUUUUGGUCACGAUGGAUCGUGAUGGCCGAUCACGACUUCUUGUGUCAGAUUUUGGCUUGUGCAAGAAACUUGAAGGUGGGCAGUCUUCUUUUGGGGCUACGACGGCGCAUGCAGCUGGCACUUCAGGGUGGCGGGCUCCCGAGCUUCUUGUCGACGAUGACCCCCGCGAAGGGUCCAGUAUGUCCAUGUCCAGCGUGCAUAGCGAUUCUAGUAGCCAACUUGUCAGUGCCGAUGUCAUGCCCAACCGACGAGCGACUCGUGCUAUUGACAUAUUCUCUCUGGGACUGGUCUUCUUCUACGUGCUUACUAAAGGUAGUCACCCUUUCGACCGUGGCGGCCGGUUCAUGAGGGAGGUCAACAUCCGGAAUGGACAGUUCGAUCUGAAGCCGCUGGACGUGCUCGGUGAUGUGGCAUACGAGGCCAAGGCGCUCAUCAGAGCUAUGCUUCAGGCGGACCCACGGGCUCGACCGACAGCUAGGGAUGUCAUGGCCCAUCCCUUUUUCUGGACUCCCAAGGAGCAACUUGCAUUCCUCUGCGACGUGUCGGAUCAUUUCGAGCUCGAGCCUCGCGAUCCGCCGUCGGAGGCGUUGGCAACGCUGGAGAGCUACGCGCACCAGAUAUGCCGCGGUGAUUUCCUCAAGGCGUUGCCCAGGGAAUUUGUCGACAGCCUAGGCAAGCAGCGCAAGUACACGGGGACCAAGUUCCUCGACCUGCUGCGUGCGCUGCGCAACAAGCGCUCCCAUUACGGUGACCUAAGCGAUUCGCUCAAGAAGAUGGUCGGCCCUGUCCCUGAGGGAUAUCUCGGGUUCUGGACGCGACGGUUCCCGAAUCUGUUGAUUAUGUGCUGCUCGAUUAUCUACACGCUUCAUUUGCAGAAUCUCGAUACCUUUCAGGAGUAUUUUAAGCCUAGGCGUCCGAUGUAG